UUUACACUCUUUGAAGAAGAGGAAGUUCUUCGAGAUUGAAGUCUGAUUAGUGACGGAUACAUUUUUUUUAACUGCUUAAAAUUGAUUCACAGUUUAUUAAGUCUUGUUGGUGAAUCUUAUAAAUUUUAUUGUUUGCGAAAUGAAGUUUAAAGGUCUGUGUGUGUUUUACUUUCAUUAGUUUGUGAAUGUGUGAAACCAACGACGUUUUUGUAACUGCGCCCAAAACAUUAUUGCCGGUGUUGUGCUACACAAAAUGAGAGAAAAUACCAUGGCUUUAGCAUGGCAACCACAAGAAGAAGGCUUAAGAGAAAUAUUAAAACUUUUAAAAGAAUCACAAUCUCCUGAUACUGCUACCCAACGAGCUGUUCAAGAAAAACUUGAAGAGUUAAAUAAAUUUCCAGAUUUCAACAACUACCUUAUUUUUGUACUUACAAAGCUAACUUCAGAAGAUGAGCCAACUAGAUCACUGAGUGGGUUAAUAUUGAAAAAUAAUGUAAAAGCUCAUUUUCAUCAGUUUCCACCUGAAGUUACAGAAUUCAUCAAGUCAGAAUGUUUGAACAGUGUUGGAGAUCCGUCACCUUUAAUCCGAGCUACUAUAGGCAUUUUAAUUACCACUAUUGCUUCAAAAGGCGAGCUUACAAAUUGGGUUGAUUUACUACCGCGCUUGUGCCACUUGUUAGACUCUGAAGACUAUAAUGUUUGUGAAGGUUCUUUUGGUGCUCUGCAAAAAAUUUGUGAAGAUUCUGCAGAAUACUUGGAUUCAGAUGCUUUAAAUAGACCAUUAAAUAUAUUAAUCCCCAAAUUUUUACAGUUCUUCAGACAUUCUAGUCCCAAAAUCCGUUCCCAUGCUAUUGCUUGUGUCAAUCAAUUUAUCAUCAACCGAACUCAAGUUUUAAUGCUACAUAUUGAUUCAUUUUUAGAGAAUUUAUUUCAUUUGGCAUCAGAUGAAGAUCCAGAAGUCCGUAAAAAUGUUUGUAGAGCACUUGUUAUGUUGUUGGAAGUACGGAUGGAUAGACUCAUUCCUCACAUGCAUCACAUCAUUGAAUAUAUGCUGAUGAGAACUCAAGAUUUAGAUGAAGGAGUUGCAUUAGAAGCUUGUGAAUUUUGGCUGUCUCUUGCUGAUGAACCUAUUUGUAAAGAAGCUUUGACACCUCAUUUACAGACAUUAAUUCCAACUUUAGUUAGAGGAAUGAAAUAUUCUGAACUUGAUAUUAUUCUAUUAAAAGGUGAUGUUGAGAAAGAUGAAAUGAUUCCUGACAGAGAAGAAGACAUUAGGCCGAGAUUUCAUAAAUCAAAAACACAUAGUCAAAAACAUAUGGAUGAUAAUACUGAGAAUGAUACUGAAUCUGAUGAUGGAUUAGAUGAUGAUUCAUCAUUAUCUGAUUGGAAUUUAAGAAAAUGUUCCGCUGCUGCAUUAGAUGUACUUGCUAGUGUUUUUCAUGAAGAAUUGCUGCAUGUUUUGCUUCCUAUUUUGAGAGAAACUCUUUUCCAUCAAGAUUGGGAAAUAAAAGAAUCUGGAAUUCUUGCUUUAGGAGCAAUUGCUGAGGGUUGUAUGAAUGGAAUGAUUCCACAUUUACCUGAACUAAUACCUUAUUUAAUUUCUUGUUUGUCUGACAAGAAAGCACUUGUAAGAUCAAUUACCUGUUGGACUCUCAGUCGAUACUCUCACUGGGUUGUGGGACAACCACAUGACUCAUACCUAAAGCCCCUCAUGAUUGAGUUGUUGAAACGUGUUCUAGACGCAAAUAAAAGAGUACAAGAAGCGGCAUGUAGUGCAUUUGCCACUUUGGAGGAAGAAGCAUGUACAGAACUUGUCCCAUAUCUUGCUUUUAUUUUAGAAACACUUGUAUUCGCCUUUAAUAAAUACCAGCAUAAAAACCUUCUUAUCCUGUAUGAUGCCAUCGGUACAUUAGCUGAUUCUGUUGGUCAUCACUUGAACAAGCCAGAAUAUAUUAAUUUGCUUAUGCCUCCACUAAUUGAAAAAUGGAACUACUUAAAAGAUGAUGACAAAGAUUUAUUUCCUUUGCUAGAGUGUCUAUCUAGUGUAGCAACUGCAUUACAGUCAGGAUUUUUGCCUUAUUGUGAACCAGUUUUUCGUCGAUGUUUAAGUCUUGUGGAGCAAACAUUAAAUCAGACAAUGGCCAAUGUUAGUAAUCCUGAUCAGUUUGAAGCUCCAGAUAAAGACUUCAUGAUUGUAGCAUUAGAUUUGUUAAGUGGUUUAGCUGAAGGUCUUAAUGGUCACAUUGAAUCACUAGUCGUUUCAAGUAAUAUUAUGCAGUUGCUGUUUCAGUGUAUGCAGGAUUCAAUGCCAGAAGUAAGACAAAGCUCAUUUGCUCUCUUAGGUGAUUUAACCAAAGCCUGUUUUCAGCAUGUUAGUCCCUGUAUACAGGAUUUUUUGCCUAUAUUAAGCCAAAAUUUGAAUCCAGAUUUUAUAUCUGUUUGCAACAAUGCCACAUGGGCAAUUGGAGAAAUCUCAGUGAAGCUGGGUAAGCAAGGGCAAGACAUGAAGCCGUAUGUUUUAAUGGUUUUAACACAAUUAAUCAACAUCAUUAAUCGUCCAAAUACUCCUAAGACUUUAUUAGAAAAUACAGCCAUAACUAUUGGGCGCCUUGGUUAUGUUUGCCCUGCGGAUGUCGCCCCUAUGUUACAGCAGUUUAUUCGCCCCUGGUGUACUUCAUUGCGGAAUAUCCGAGAUAAUGAAGAAAAGGAUUCGGCUUUUCGUGGUAUCUGCAGUAUGAUAAGUGUUAAUCCUGGUGGCAUUGUUCAAGACUUCAUCUUUUUUUGUGAUGCAGUUGCAUCAUGGGUAAAUCCUAAACCUGAUCUCAAAAACAUGUUUUAUGAGAUUUUACAUGGCUUUAAAAAUCAAGUUGGUGAAGAAAAUUGGACUAAAUUUUGUGAACAAUUCCCUCCACCUCUUAAAGAGCGUCUUACUACAAGCUAUGGAGUAUGAAAAUAGGCCUUAUUUGAAAGACAUGAACUAACUGUUGAGAAGUUCAAGGAUAUUUUAUUCAUUUUCGUUAAAUGCCAUUUAUCUACUGCAUCCUGAAGUCCUAAGUGUUAGUUCUUUCAAUAAAGAUUCAGCAAUCUGAACUAUGCUAUUUUGCUUCAAGUGUUAUAAAGCCUCUCCCUGAACAUUGAAAAUAAUCCCUUAAAACAAAUCACUGUUCUGAAAUUCAAGUAUCAAAAAUGUGUUCAGUAUGAGUCUCUAAGUUAUGAAAUAUGUCCAAUUUUCUUGGCUUUUUCAAUAUAGGCUUAGAUUGCACUGAUUGUAUGUACUUUGUUUAACUUGUAAAAAUUUAUUAUAUUAGGAGGAUGUGUACAUUGGCUUUGUCUAAUGUUUAAUCUUUGUAGUUCAUACUUGACAUAUUUGUGUUAUUGGAGUAAGUCAAAUAUUACAGUCUCUAGUUAAUUUAUAAGUUUUAUUUACUAACUUUUGAAUUCUCAAGCUACCUUGUGUCCUACGAAUGAUGAAUGAAAAUUUGGUGGCAUAUUUUCUCCCCAUUUAAUUUUAUACUUUUUCUUCAUUCAGAAACCAUCCUCUCUUUUGACAUAAAUUAUUCUUUUGAUAUAGUCUCAAUUUGUAAAGCCCAAUUUCCAAAGGUUUUUUUUUCUUUGUGUAAUUUGUGUGUGUAAAUUUGUGAGAAUUGUGAAGUGCCUUAUUGUUAUACACCCUUUAACUUCCCACAAAGUUAUGAUAAAAAUUGGGUAGGUGGGAGGGUUUUUGGGGACUUGGGAAAGAACUCCAAAUAAAUUAUUUUUUAAAAAGUCUAGAAAAAAAAAUACUAAAAACAAUCUUAAUGGCAUUGAGGCAUCAUUUAUCAUCAUAAAAAAGUCUUUUAGGAGUACAAAAGUGAUAUUAGUCUUUCAUUCGUCAUUAAAACUCAUCAUCAAAAAAAAUUAAACUAAUAACUAUCGCGUGUUAAAAAUCGCGAGGCAGCUUUUUAAGAGCAUUAUUAACUUGUACUUAUAAUGUAAUUUAAAUGAAACGGAUUGUAGGCGAACUAGUGUUCCUACCUUUAACUUGUAUUAUAGUGCGUUUUCUAUUGCAUCAAAGUUCGCGUUAAAGAAACUAAUGGAAAGAUGAACACGCUGCUGAGGUAAAUGUGUUAUACUUUCUUAAAUUGUUUCACCAUUAUUUUAAUAACAGUUUAGUCUUUUUCACUUAUUCUAUUUUAUAUGAAAUCUGUUGUUUUUUGUACACUCUUUGAUCAGUGUAUAUAAUCCAUAUUUUUAUUAAGUGUUUGUUAAAGUUAAAGAAGAAAUGUUUGAAAAGAAUAUUUAACUUUUUCAAUGUUUGUAUUCUCAGCAGCUGUGAAUUUAUUCCAAUUGUUGACAUUUUUGAAAAUGUUUAGGGAAUUUAAACUUGUCUUUUAAAUGUGAGGAGUAUAAAAGAAUAAAUAAAUAAAAUGUGAUAUUACUCCGCGUUUGUGUACUUUUAAAUGUAACUAGAUUUAUACAAAUGAUAGGACGCGCGUGUGGGAGGGCCAUUAAGGCGGGUGGGUAUUAAAUAAAAAAUACUCUUAACUCUUUUAAGUGACCCUUCAAAUUUGAAUUUAUGCAUACCUGUAUUUUGAUUGCAUGUGAUAGAGUGUAUGAAUGUGACUGUAUCUUGUUCUUAUGUAUCUGUCAAGUGUUUAUUAAUAUCAGUUAUAAUUUAAUUUUAUUUACUGACUUGUAUUUAACAUACAUAAUUAAUACCAAAAGGAAUAUUUAGAUUAAAUUAGCAGUGCAAUUAUUGUAAUAGAAUACAGUACAUACUUGCAUCUAAGCAGACCACCCCCACAAGCACAGUUAAAAGCAGUAAAAUACUGCACAGGCAUACAAGUGGAAUAUAUAAAUUUGAAGCAAAAAUAUUUAGUUUAUCUUUGGGAACUAAUAAAACUCUAUAAUUUUUUAAUAGCUUAAUUAAGCAAAUCUAAUAUUUAGAACAAUUUUUCACUAAGUUUUAUUGAUUAAAUGCUGUAAGUUAAAAUUAUUUUCCUUCAGUUUUCAAGUAUUAUUUUUAGCCUAUUUUUUUCAAACCUCUUAAGUAGCAAAAAUAAUAUUUGACUGUAAUUUUAUUGCAAGACACAUUAAGAAAUAUAUAUAUACUUAUUUAUUCAUCAUAUAUAAAUCAUUUUAAAUAUUAUCCUAAAGUGUAAGCUAUACUUUGAAAAUAGUUGACUAUUAAAGCAAUAAUCUUUACUGGAAAUAUUUUUAUUUUUCACUAUUUUAUUGUAUUUUUUCAAUUCUAAAUAAUUUGUUUGAAGUAUUGAAGCAUUUAUGUUAUCUUCAUAUAGUGUUAAAAAAGAAUUCUGUAUAAAUAUUGUGUGAAAAAUUUCCUGCGUGAAAAGUACUUCUUUUGGCAUUUAGUACCAAACAUUUUUUAAUUACAUUGCAACCUUUUUUUAUUAUUUAAAAUUUGCAAGUCUCUCAUUUCAAGUUAUGGUUUAAGCCUUUUGUCAGCAUUUUAUUCAACAGUUUUUUAUAUUGAAGUCAAUAAAUUUAUAUUGUAAAUAACUUUGAAUUUAUAUAGUAAAAAAUAUUAAGGUAUGCUUUUUUUUUCUUUAUAUAUUUUUUUUAAAUAUUUAUAAAAUCGAAUAAUUUUUUAUUUAGUAAUUAAAAUUCUAUUUUAAUUUAUUCUAAAUGCAUUAAAUGAUGGUAGAAAAGUUAUAUAGUAGCAAAUCGAACUUAUGAACUAUUAUAGAAUUUUUUUUUUCUCCCUAAUGCCUAAUUUUUCUAGGUAUGAAUUAACUGUGAUAAUGUUUUCCCUGCUAGUUUUCAAAUUAAUUUUAUAUGAAAAUUCUGAAUUGAAUGCUUCUAUGAUUAUUUCAAAUCUAGUAAUUCAGAAAUAAAAAUCCUAUCUGUUUAAGUAUUUAGUGAGUGUUUUUUUUUAAUUAAGUCAUCUAUAAAUGUAUCAUAUUUGUUGACUUUUGGCUAAUCAUUGUAAAAAAAUUGUUUUGUUUAAUACCGCUUAUUUUUUUAUUGCUAAAUUGUAUGAACGUGUACUUAUAAGAAUAAUGGAGGUCAAAAGUUCCUCAAUUUUAUUUGUUAUUUAAUUAUUCGAAUAAUUUGUUUUCCAUAAAAUGUGUUGUUUUUUUUUGUUGUUAGGUGCAAUUAUUUUGCAUUAAGUCAUAAUUUAAUUAAUUUAAGGUGAACAUAUUGACAUUUGUGGAUUUUUUUUUAUGUAUAGAGAGCUAACCAUUAUUUUUUUAUAUUUUUUUUUAAGACUGUGAUUUUUCUUAACUUGUUUAACGGCUUGUUUAUUUUUUAUAAUUUAAUUUCACAUUUAAGAAAAGUUAAGAGUCGAAUUAGAUUGUUUUAUUAAUACGGUGCCAAAGUUUUACUGCACAAGAUUCGCAUCUGAAACAGGUUUAAAAAAAAAUUUUUUGUAUGAAAAAUAAAAGAAAAAAAAAGGAAAAAUUUUAAAGCUUUCUAAAAUAAUGAAAAUAUGUAUUUAAGAAGCACUUUAUUAGAAAAUUCUGUUUUCUUAGCUCCUAGUCAUAUUUUCUUUUUUUUUUCUUAAAAGAGUACAUUGCCACUUGUUCAAAGCUAACAUAAAUAAAUGCAUUAUAGCUAAAUAUUAUUGUUAGUUUAGAGACUGUUGUGGGUUCCCUUUUCGUUUAAACAAUUCCAUUUUAUUUUUAACUUGUGAUAUAUUUAACAUUUGUGAAAGAAAGUUUAAAAGAAAAAAAUAUUUGUCUCAUAAGUAAUUCUUGAAUCUUAGUUUGAUUUUAUAAUGAAACAUAUUCUUAAUAAUACAUUAUUUUUAGCUGUGUUUGUUUUUAGAUCAUUUGCUCAAUGGAUAUCUUUUGUGUGUGGGGAACCCUGUAGGUACAAACUGUUAAAUGUUUCUGUGUGUUUUCUCUCUCUUGAUUUUUCAAUACCUCAUUCCACUCAUAUGGAACAUAAUUUCUCUCCUUUGUGAAAAGAAAAAAAAAUUAUUGUAUGUGCCAUCUCUCCUGGACACACGCUUAUUCUAAAUAAAUGCAGUAUACUUGUUCUUUUAUGCUAAAUAAAUUUGGUGCAUGAGGAA